AUGGGAUCAGGCCACGCGCCGUUGCGCGCCGGCCUUAUGAUCGCUAGGCCCCACUCCACUCCACCCCUAGUCCGCGCAUCCGAGGUGUGGCUGUGUACGCUUGAGCGGGCAUCAGUGGCCAAGGAAAAGCCGCCGUCUCAGCCAGCCAUCGCCAGUCGUGAGAACAUGUCCUUAGCGGAAGGUGCUUCCGACACCGAACACAGGCCUGAAGAAGACAAGCAAAGCCCAGCCGAGACCAAGAAGAAUUCCGACAAGACACAGAUGUCAGACUCCUAUAUGUGGAAAGAGCAGAUCCACACUCUAAUGAAGGGCGGAGAGAGCGAGUCCGACAUCUCGGAUUCGGAGCACUUCCUCACAAAGGGUGCGUUCCUCCUCACUCCCUCCCACGGCCUCAGCAUGGAGAAAGCGUCGAACAUCUGCGAGAAGAUGGAGUUCAAGGGGUGUUUCUCCCUCACGAAAACCGCUACCGGAAUCCUCUUCAAGUUCUCUCACGUCGACGACUACCAGAUGGUGUUCAAGAAGGGUUUCCACAAGGUCACCGGGUCCAGGUUCUACCGGAAGAUAGCAAUACCUUGCCGUCCUCAGAAGACCUUCACGAUCUACGUGUACGACAUACCAGACGAAGUUCCAGAGGAAGACGUGCGCCAUGCUCUUUACAAGUUCACGUCCGUGGUGGAGGUGGUGCGCCUGCACCUCACCAGCUCACCGAGGGAGGGAAACACUGGAGCCUCCACUCCUAAGCCAAUAGAAAAGACGCCUCCUCGCGCCCUGACGACUAUCGACGGCGAACUAGUCAGCAGUAUGGUCCCGAAAGAAGCCUCCAGCGUGGUGCGCAUCACCCUCGCAAAUAUAGAGGAAGCCAACAUCUUGCUGCAGAACGGCCUGGACUUCUACGGCGCCACAUACUUCCCCACGGAGCUGGCGACACCAGCGCAAGCCGCCAAACUCAUCAAACCGAGCAGAGCGUAUCGUUCCAGAGUGACUGGUGGCAGCGUCUCCGCCAGGGUCCGCGACCUUCUCCCGGUCUUCGACCAGCAGGGUUUCACUAAAUUCGCGCCACCCGCUUCCCGACUUGUAAAACCGCGCACCAAG